GUUCCUGGUAGCUCGCGCGUCUACUCCUUCAGAUCGCCGAAAAUGCCGUUCAAGAGGUUCGUGGAGAUUGGAAGGGUAGCCUUAAUCAACUACGGAAAGGAAUAUGGCAAGCUGGUCGUUAUCGUCGACGUCAUCUACCAAAAUAGGGCUCUUGUUGAUGCCCUCGACAUGGUAAGGAGCCAAAUUAACUUCAAGAGACUUUCACUCACAGAUAUCAAAAUUGACAUCAAAAGAAUCCCAAAGAAGAAGACAUUGGUUGAGGCUAUGGAAGCUGCUGAUGUGAAGACCAAGUGGGAGAACAGUUCUUGGGGAAGGAAGUUGAUAGUGCAGAAGAGGAGGGCUGCACUUAAUGAUUUUGACAGGUUCAAGCUUAUGCUGGCAAAGAUUAAGAGGGUCGUAGUUGUGAGACAAGAACUUGCAAUGCUUAAGAAGACUGCUGCUUAAGAACUCUCCGAUUAGUGCAAUCUUGAGAGUUUUCUUUAUUGAUUAGUGCAAUCUGAGAAAAAUACCGACCGCAAUUGUUCGAAAAA